AGUCCGGCGGCGGCGUCGCUUGGCGUCUGUGUCCGCGGUGGACGGCGUCGGCCGCGGCGAAAGCACGUCGCGUAGCGUCGCAGCGCACAGGCCCCAGUGCGAGAGGCUGCGCCACGGUAUCACGGGAGGCGGCUAAGGUGGACGCGGCUCGCCCGCAUCCAGGCACCAUCGCACGUUGCCCGAAAAAGCGCCUGUGAGGCACCGGCCCCUGCUGUCUGCACGCAUCAAAGGGGGGAGUGAACCUUCUACAUGAUGCCUCUCGGUCGCAGACGACGUGAGACACUAGCGGCGUCUAAUGAAGCCGACGAGCGCGAUGAAAACAACUCACAGACAAUGCAGUAGACGCUGAUAAGUGGCCUCGCAAAUUUAUGGUGCGGGCCUUAGCGCUCAGUCGCUGUCAGCUGCUGUAGAGCCCGGAGCCGCGAUACCAGCUGCAGCCGAGCCACGCCGGCGGGGCAUCCAGCACACGGCGCCCGCCGCUCGCCGAGCGACGUUACACCGCCUGUCGGUCCGAAACAGGCUCUUUGCUACUGGCAGUGGGGAUUUCGCCAUGCUCCAUAACAUCAGAAGACGGUAGUGUUUGUGUCCACUGCCAUACCAAGUCACCGAGAUAUGUGAGUGACAAUACGCUUGACGAUCUGUAGUUCUCAUAUGAAUACAAGGCAAGCACGCUGUAGUACGAAGGGUAAAGUGAUUUUACACUCAAGUGUUAGCACUAGGACGUGGCAACAUCUGAGUAUCACCUGCAGAGCACAUAAACCUUUCCUAUUAUUAUGUGCUCAAUUUUCUUUGCUCGCCGUUAGUAACCGCGGGUAUGUACUUAUGCCAAUUCUUAAUGAAGAUGUCCUUCAUCUCUUUCGACCGGGUGUCCGAAUAUAUCGGAUAGAAGCAGCAGAGAGUAUCUUUCCUUUUGGACUACAUCGGAUCGAAGACUGAAGCUUGUGUUUACUGUUUGGAACAGUGUUGAGUGAGACAGGUGCGCUGUUGUUAAACGUAGUAAGAGAUAUAGUGUUUCUGAGAGCGUAGCGCAAUGGGUAUCACGGUUUCGAUAUCGACGCCUCCUCCAGACAUGAACGAGACUCUGGCGGAGGCGCUGCUGAACGAGACUCUGUCGGUGCGCGAGUACCUGGAGCUGACGCGCGGGCCCAAACACCUGUCGCCGUGGGUGGUCGUGCCCAUCACCGUCGUCUACUCCGUCAUCUUCGUGACGGGCGUGCUCGGCAACGUGGCCGUGUGCGCCGUCAUCGUACGCUCGCCCAGCAUGCGCACCACAACAAACUACUACCUGUUCAGCCUCGCCAUCUCCGACCUCAUACUGCUCCUGCUAGGUCUGCCCAACGAGGUGAGCGUGUACUGGCAGCAGUAUCCGUGGGUCCUGGGGACAGGCGUCUGCAAGCUGCGGGCGCUCGUCUCAGAGAUGUCGUCGUACGUGUCGGUGCUGACGAUCGUGGCGUUCAGCCUGGAGCGCUACCUGGCCAUCUGCUACCCCAUCUACUCGUACACGAUGAAGGGCCUGCACAGCGCGCUCGGCAUCAUCGCCGUGCUCUGGAUGAUCGCCUUCGUGUCCGCCGUCCCCUUCGCCUACUACACCACCGUAGACUACGUCGAGUACCCUCCAGGUUCCGGGGCGCCGCUGGAGGAGUCCGCGUUCUGCGCGAUGCUGAUGCACAACCUGCCGGCCGGCUACCCGCUGUGCGAGCUCAGCAGCGUCUUCUUCUUCGUGCUGCCCAUGACGGUGAUGCUGGUGCUGUACACGCGCAUGGCGCGCGUCAUCUGGCGGCCGCGAGCCGUGCCCCGCGGCUCCGUGCGCAAGGACCACAACCGCAAGCCCAUCGUGCGCAUGCUCGCGGCGGUGGUGCUGGCGUUUUUCAUCAGCUGGGCGCCGUUCCACAUGCAGCGACUGAUGUACAUCUACGGGCGGGAUGCGCCCAACUUCGAGGAGAUCAACGAGGUGAUGUACUACGUGACGGGCUGCUUCUACUACUUCUCUGCCACCAUCAACCCCAUCCUGUACAACGUAAUGUCUGCCAAGUAUCGCAACGCCUUCUUGCAGACCCUGUGUGGGCGCCAGAAGUCCCGUCCAGGGGGAAGGGGCGAACAGUCCAGCUUCCGCGAGAACACGGUGGUCGGGUACGACGGUUCGGUGAGCCGCGCGAGCACCACGCGCUACUCGGUGUGUCGCGGGACGGCAGCCGCCGGCGACAGGGGCAGCUUGAAGGCGCUGGCAGGUGGCGGUAUAGGCGGCGGGAGAGGCGGGGGCGGCGGGGGCGGUGGGGGCGGCGGGGGCGGUGGCUCCCUGCUGCCGGCGGCGGCCAAUGGCAACGGCGCCGGUGCGGGACGCCAUCUCAGCUGGCGUCGCGACGCCGGGGUCACCGCCAAUGGGCCCGACUGCUCCGUCGACAGGCGCGCCCUGGUCACCGAUGCCGAGACCUGCAUCUGAGGGCGUCGCGCGUCGCCAUCGCCGUCGACUUCCACAGCUGGUCACUACAGGGCCGAAGUGGCUUUCAUCACCACGUCUCUCCGAUGAGAACUGCGCUGCCUCGCCGUGUCUGUUUCCGUGGUUGUUCUGUACUGUGCUGAAUCUCCAGAACUGACUCAUGAAAUGGAUGACUUACCCAGAUAAACUUUGUAAAACGGCAUCUUUGAAUGUCCUAGACGAAAUUUCGGUGUUACUCUAAUGUUAGAGGCAUUCCUACAUUAUGUGUCCUUGCAGUAUAGUCUCUGCGCAAGAGUUAAGACAGUCAAGUACCCAGAAAUGAAUGUUAGGGGGCAGAUAACAGCAUUCUGUAUUGUCAUUCAUGUAGAGGUGGUACGCUUGAGACGAGUGAUCCGCAGUGAUAAGUGAUUGUUCAGCAUACUGUUGUGUUGCGUUCUGUAAAUGAAGGAAAAGCAGAAGAGAAAUCCGAGUCCUGAGACACAGCCAAAUCUGCUCGAGGACCAGCAGUAGGGCGGCCACGUUUAACGUCUCCAUUACGUGGACAGAUGCCUUUAACAGUGUAGAAUCAAAAGUACAGCUUCAAACAGCCUAUAUCGCCAUUGUACAGUAUUGUAAUCACUGGUUUCAGCCAACUACGUUGUCAUCAUCAGCUCUUCUGCUGUACAUUUCACUGAAUCUUGACCAAAUGCAAUUUAUAUGGUAUCGUAUUAUAAAACGAUAUUUCAUGAACACGAGAACAAUAGUAUGUCCGGAAGUCACGUAUAAAAUAACUAUUACAUAAGACAACGUACAUAUUGCAUCCUUUAACAGUGUGACAUAGUUUCACGCUAUGAACCACUAUGGAAAGAUUUAGUAUUAAACAUACUACACUUGCACUACACACUGGCUUCAGGAUAUUGACGAUACCACAUCUCCACUUCGAGCUGAUUAUAGACGGCGAAUCUUCCCUUCUCCACCAUGAUUGGAACUGGCGUACUCGAACAGAAUGCUGCUGUACUAAAUAACGUCAGUUACCUCGGAUACAGAGGAAAACGUAGUCUCUACGUAACGAAACUAAUGUAUGCACAUCGCUACUUCAUCAGGGAAAGGACAAUUGGUAAUACGUGUCAAUUGUUUGUGCUUUCUGCGAUGACUGUAUAAUAUCCGGCCCAACAGUGAAGGUGCUUCUUCAUACAGGUUGAAUAUUCUGACACAAGCAACUAGCAGCUUGAAUCUCAAAUCUCACCAACGGUUUUUCCAUGUGCCGUAUCUAUCUGAAAGAUAGGAAGAAUACAUCAAGGAAGAAUACGUCUCUUUUACGACUAUAUUGUCCUUCAUAUUUUAUAUUAAAAACAUUCGUCACUCAUCUCCAGUAUCGUAGAAGUGCAGUACUUAACCCAUUAGGGCAUGUAUAAUUUUUGUUACUUUUUUAUAUGUAUUACUUUCACCUUGUUUGAUACAUUGAACAGGAGCAUUUCAAGUAAGAAACAAUUUUAAUUUACAAGUUCUAGUAAAAAACUGCGUCCUAAGAACUAUUGAGAGAAGACAUACAAUUACAUGAAACUCUUACACAUUCAUGUACUGAAUAAGUAAACAUGAGUACAAACUACAAAUCAAAACGUAUUAAACACAGUUCCACAUUAAAUUUCGUGACUGGAUACGUGCUGAUGUCUUAUACUCCAUUCUUACACACCGCCUUCUUUCGUGUUUUUGUAUUUUCUGACUCAGAUUGAUUCCAUGAAGUACGAGCUCAUCCGCCGCAGUAUUAGAAUGUGGAAUUCUUCAAGUUCUUUCGGAGUCGUUGAAUAUCUCCUCAAGUACGCCUGCAAACAUUCUCAAUGGAAAUUUAUAUGAAACGCCGUUUUUCCAUAUUUCUGGCAGAGUACCUAGGAACUGUUUAGAGUGACUGAAAAGAGAGCAGUACCAUUUCAUGCUACGGAUAUUUAUCGUGUAAUAAUUCACUUUUCACUUCCCUGCUACACGUUCCGUCAGCAUGGAGAAUUGAGGUAUUUCAGUGUGUUUCCUUGACCGCUAAGAACAUCUUUUAACAUUAUUACAUUGGGCUCACAUCAGGUGUAUCUGGCGCUGCCACAACAGUGAAGCUGUCAUGUCAUUUGCACAGCAACAGACCAUUUUUCUUUUGUGGCGCAGAAUGAACAGUACGCCUUCCACCUGUCUCAGUGCCCUCCUUUUCUGGAAGGGGGCACUUAUGGCGGAUACAGUUCCUCUCACAGUCACAAAGCUCUUAUAAAUUUGUUCUCUAAGAAAAACUAUGAAAUGAAAACUAUUAAACAAAUUGUGAUAAUCGAAGUAAAAUUUAUUGCUGCUCUCUCAUUAGCUCUUAGCGUUAAUUUUAUGUAGCACUGAAAAUGUAUCAUGUACCCCCUUGAUACAAACUACGUAGCAUAAAAUUAAAUCAAUCACUUGCUACUAUUGAUCUAUUGAGGAAAUAUUUAGUUUUUGAACCCGAAUGAUGAACUAAUUUAAUGGUUGUACUUCCUCUAAAUCCAUGGUGUCAUGAGAUUCUGAGUGUACAAAGAAAGUAGAAAUUCAGUUGCCAAUCGUUUCCUGCAGUGGACUGCUUCUCACAACUAGUAACACAGGGAUGAAUCAACAGGCACUGAAUAAUCCUUAAAGAAGCACAACAACAUUAUUAGAGUCGAUUGUUCUCCAAAAAUGAUUAAAACUGCUGCCCUUCCACUUGCAACAGUGUACCAUUAAUGUACCUUUGACCACUAAUGCCUUAAUAACACAAGAACUACACGAGGAUUUGCUGUUUUCGUUAGUGCUUCAUGGUGCCUAACGCGUUCUACAUCUUUAACGACGAUAACUAUCCGCCAUACAGUUUUUGUUCAUAUUGUCUUACUUUUACUCGCCUUAUUCUUUGCACCAUAAUACUGACAUUAGUUUAACGGUCCUUUAGAAUUCAGUCUUGACUAUGUCCCAGUGUGCAUAUAAUACUUUACGUCGAACAUAAUGAGUCCAGUAAGUCUAUUUUGUGAAUCUGAUUGAUCACUUUCGAAAAUAGAAAAUUGGCUUAGUGGUGGCCUUGUAUUUUAACACAAGAUAAAAAUGCACGGGCAUAUUUUUAAAUUUAAUUGUUGUAGGGUGGAAACUCUGAAGCUCUACAUGGUUUUCCAGUACUAAACAGCUUGAGUUUAGUACUGGAAACAUUCACUUCUUCUUUCAUCCUGUUUCUGCCUGAAUAGUCCCUCUUCACUAGAUGGAGAUUAAUAGACGACUGAAUAUUACUGAUCAAAACAUUAUUGUGAAUACUUCUAAAGUGUACGUGUGACAUCCUCAAUUCCCAAGUUUUCAAGAGGAACAACCUUUGCAAGGUGGCCAUAUUUGAAGAACCCUGCUGAAACAUUUCAGGAAAACACACAGAACGUCUUAUCAGACAAUUGCUUAACUGUUAGAAAUUAUAUAACCUUUCCUAAACUGUGCGAUUACGUAAUAAAGCCAUUCCACCUCGACCAAGUAACUCUGAGUAGUCAUUACCUCUAAGAAUGUUCAGAAAAUGGACAAUUGAAGCUAAUCCCAUUGCCAUGCAGUGUGAUGUAUUAUGUAGAUGAUGUUAUCCAAUACAAAAAACCAGCUUUCAUCCGAUAUGAAAUGCAUCAAUAAGCCUAAAUUUCAUGAAAGCCUCUGUAGCUGUCUGGUAGCUGUUAAUUUAUUUCAACAUAUUCAGUUCACUUAGUGCCAUUUAUGUGUAUGACUGAUACUGCUGUUAAUGCACAAGUGGCAGAAUCCAAGCUCACAUGUACCCCGUUGUCGCAAUUCAAGGAUGAAUUUCGAAGCUCAAACGAAUCACCUGUUCUUCGUGUUUACAUCAAACGCUACUUCUACUGCUUUAAGACUGAAGCUUACGGUUUCUGUGUGUACCAAGAGACUCUUUCAUAGGUGUAAAAUUCAGGUGAAAAACCUAAGUUCUUAUUAUUCAGAGCUUUACUGUAUGAAUUAGUUUCUUACAAAAGUUCAUUUGGGCUCCAAUAUUUUUAACUGGAUUCCUUGGUGGAAAUUGCUGUGGUACUCCUAUUCAUCAACCCUAUUUAGUGAACAGUCUGUACUAUCCACACACCCCACUUCCUUCACGAUACUGACCUUUCUUACCAACUCAAAAUCUUGACCAUAAUCGAUGAGAAGUAUAUCUGUCUGUGUAAACUGUGCAGCGUAAAUGGAUCAGAAGUAUUUGCCAACGAGACAGUGGUACAAGGCUUCACAAAGGUAUCUUGCUCCGUUAAAUUCCCAUAUUAACUUCUCUGAAUGAGAGUGGUUCAUAGUCCAAGUAUAUAUUCUUGUCCAGUUUGCCAUCAAGCUUUGUUACAACAUUACGUGAGUAAUACUGAUUUUAUCAUCGUUCUGGAUACAAAAAAAUAAUCUAUAUGUGGAAAAAUUACACUUAUUUCUGCCAAAUAUAAAUACAAAUUUUCGAUAUACAGAGAGCAUCCAACUACAUAAAACAGAGUCGGGAACAAAUAAUAUAUUACGAUCGCUAGAGCGGGAAGGUUAUUUUGUUAAAAGGAAAAAGACAUAUUUACAUUUUUAUUUAUGAAAAAUUGUAAUACUUGGAGUUGAUUGUAUUCUGUUUUUGUUUCUAAUAAAUAAAAAACUUGUUAUUGA